UACCCGGCGCCGCCCCGCCGCUGUCCGCCUCUCCUCAGCCUAGCGCCGUGCCGCAGCCGGGUUCUUGGACUACAAUGAAAAUUAGGAAGAGACAUUAAGAAUAUUUUUUAAAAGGUGUCAUUAGAUUUUUUUCAUGGAAUUAUUGUUGCCUUUUGAGCUGCCAAAUGGGGCCUGUUUCCUGAUUAUUUUCUGGAAGCCUUUGCAAAUUCUGGAGGUAGACCUGGGGCUCCUUUGCAGUCUUCCAUUUAUGGUGCCUUCCUCAGCCUCCCCAGACUUCCUCAAGCAUUAAUGGAAGGGAGGUACAGUAAUUGUUGGGAAACUCUGCAAAGAAAGUGAACGAUACUAAUACUGCGCCUGUGACAGUUUGUUGUAUUGUGGGACCUAUUAUCUAUUUGUGUUCAGAAGAAUAUGACAGAUACCUAGCAUCUAGCAAAAUAAUGGCAGCUGCUUACCUUGACCCAAACUUGAAUCAUACACCAAAUUCAAGUGCUAAGCCUCACCUGGGUACUGGCAUGGAACGUUCUCCUGGUGCGAUGGAGCGAGUAUUAAAAGUCUUUCAUUAUUUUGAAAGCAAUAGUGAGCCAACCACCUGGGCCAGUAUUAUCAGACAUGGAGAUGCAACUGAUGUAAGGGGCAUCAUUCAGAAGAUAGUGGACAGUCACAAAGUAAAGCACGUGGCCUGCUAUGGAUUUCGCCUCAGUCACCUGCGGUCAGAGGAGGUUCACUGGCUUCAUGUGGACAUGGGUGUCUCCAGUGUGAGGGAGAAGUAUGAGCUCGCCCACCCACCAGAGGAGUGGAAAUAUGAACUGAGAAUUCGUUAUUUGCCAAAAGGAUUUCUAAACCAGUUUACCAAAGACAAGCCAACUCUGAAUUUCUUCUAUCAACAGGUGAAGAGUGACUACAUGUUAGAGAUAGCUGAUCAAGUGGACCAGGAAAUUGCUCUGAAGUUGGGUUGUCUUGAAAUACGACGAUCAUAUUGGGAGAUGCGGGGCAAUGCACUAGAGAAGAAGUCCAACUAUGAAGUAUUAGAAAAAGAUGUUGGUUUAAAGCGAUUUUUUCCUAAGAGUUUACUGGAUUCUGUCAAGGCUAAAACACUAAGAAAACUGAUCCAACAAACAUUUAGACAGUUUGCCAACCUUAAUAGAGAAGAAAGUAUUCUGAAAUUCUUUGAAAUCCUCUCUCCAGUAUACAGAUUUGACAAAGAAUGCUUCAAAUGUGCCCUUGGGUCAAGCUGGAUUAUUUCAGUGGAACUGGCUAUCGGCCCAGAAGAAGGGAUCAGUUACCUGACAGACAAAGGAUGCAAUCCCACACAUCUGGCCGACUUCAACCAAGUGCAGACCAUUCAGUAUUCGAACAGUGAAGACAAGGACAGAAAAGGAAUGCUGCAGCUCAAAAUAGCAGGUGCACCUGAGCCUCUGACAGUGACGGCACCGUCCCUAACCAUAGCGGAGAACAUGGCUGACCUGAUAGACGGAUACUGUCGACUGGUGAAUGGAGCCACACAGUCCUUUAUCAUCAGACCCCAGAAAGAAGGCGAACGGGCUUUGCCAUCAAUUCCCAAGUUGGCCAACAGUGAGAAGCAGGGUGUCCGAACACAUGCUGUCUCCGUAUCAGAGACAGAUGAUUAUGCAGAGAUUAUAGAUGAAGAAGAUACUUACACCAUGCCUUCAAAAAGCUAUGGAAUAGAUGAAGCCAGGGAUUAUGAGAUUCAAAGAGAAAGAAUAGAACUUGGACGAUGUAUUGGAGAAGGCCAAUUUGGUGAUGUACAUCAGGGCGUGUAUAUGAGUCCAGAGAAUCCAGCUUUGGCAGUUGCAAUUAAAACAUGUAAAAACUGUACUUCGGACAGCGUGAGAGAGAAAUUUCUUCAAGAAGCCUUAACAAUGCGGCAGUUUGACCAUCCUCAUAUUGUGAAGCUGAUUGGCGUGAUAACAGAGAAUCCUGUCUGGAUAAUAAUGGAGCUAUGCACGUUGGGAGAGCUGAGGUCAUUUUUACAAGUGAGGAAAUACAGCUUGGAUCUGGCAUCUUUGAUCCUGUAUGCCUAUCAGCUCAGUACAGCGCUUGCAUAUCUGGAGAGCAAAAGAUUUGUACACAGGGACAUUGCUGCUCGGAAUGUCUUGGUGUCCUCAAAUGAUUGUGUGAAGUUAGGAGACUUUGGGUUAUCCCGAUACAUGGAAGAUAGUACUUACUACAAAGCUUCCAAAGGAAAAUUGCCUAUUAAAUGGAUGGCUCCAGAGUCGAUCAAUUUUCGACGUUUUACCUCAGCUAGUGACGUAUGGAUGUUUGGUGUAUGUAUGUGGGAGAUACUGAUGCAUGGUGUGAAGCCUUUUCAAGGAGUGAAGAACAAUGAUGUGAUUGGUCGAAUUGAAAAUGGGGAAAGAUUACCAAUGCCUCCAAAUUGUCCUCCUACCCUCUACAGCCUUAUGACGAAAUGCUGGGCCUAUGAUCCCAGCAGACGGCCCAGGUUUACUGAACUUAAAGCUCAGCUCAGCACAAUCCUGGAGGAAGAGAAAGCCCAGCAAGAAGAACGGAUGAGGAUGGAAUCGAGAAGACAGGCCACAGUUUCCUGGGAUUCUGGAGGAUCUGAUGAAGCACCGCCCAAGCCCAGCAGACCUGGUUAUCCUAGUCCGAGAUCCAGCGAAGGAUUUUAUCCCAGCCCACAGCACAUGGUCCAGACCAAUCAUUACCAGGUCUCUGGCUACCCUGGUUCACAUGGAAUCACAGCUAUGGCUGGCAGCAUCUACCCAGGUCAGGCAUCUCUCUUGGACCAGACAGAGACAUGGAAUCAUAGAUCUCAAGAGACACCUAUGUGGCAGCCCAGCAUGGAGGACUCAGCAGCCUUGGACCUACGAGGGAUUGGGCAAGUGUUGCCAACCCACCUGAUGGAAGAGCGGCUGAUCCGACAGCAGCAGGAAAUGGAGGAAGAUCAGCGUUGGCUGGAAAAAGAGGAGAGAUUUCUGAAACCUGACGUGAGGCUCUCUCGAGGCAGCAUCGACAGGGAGGAUGGGAGUCUUCAGGGUCCGACUGGAAACCAGCACAUCUACCAGCCUGUGGGUAAACCAGAUCCUGCAGCGCCACCAAAGAAACCACCACGCCCCGGAGCCCCCGGUCAUCUAGGUAGCAUUGCCAGCCUCAGCAGCCCUGGGGACAGCUACAAUGAGGGUGUCAAGCCAUGGAGGCUUCAGCCCCAGGAAAUCAGCCCCCCUCCUACUGCCAACUUGGACCGAUCCAAUGACAAAGUGUAUGAGAACGUGACGGGCCUGGUGAAAGCUGUCAUCGAGAUGUCCAGCAAAAUCCAGCCAGCCCCACCAGAGGAGUACGUUCCUAUGGUGAAGGAAGUUGGCUUGGCCCUGCGGACGUUAUUGGCCACCGUGGAUGAGACCAUUCCUGUCCUCCCAGCCAGCACGCACCGAGAGGUUGAGAUGGCGCAGAAGCUGCUCAACUCCGACCUGGGGGAGCUCAUCAGCAAGAUGAAGCUGGCCCAGCAGUACGUGAUGACCAGCCUGCAGCAGGAGUACAAGAAGCAGAUGCUGACAGCAGCUCACGCCCUGGCUGUGGACGCCAAGAACCUGCUUGAUGUCAUUGACCAAGCAAGACUGAAAAUGCUUGGGCAGACGAGACCACACUGAGCCGCCCAGGAGUGCGUCUUUCUACCCCUUGGAAAGUGUUCUCUAGCCUUCCACCAGCAGUGAGGAAUUAACCCGUGUCCUCGGCCGCCAGCGCUUACAGCUCCAACUGAAUGACAGCUGGUUGAAAAUCUCGCACAGACAAGUUUAACCAUGUUUUGAUUUGAGUUCAUUUUUGUUCAUUUAAAAUCAUGAUGAUCAGAAAAGUCCAGGAUCCAAAAUGACAUUUUUCUGAGAAUGAAAAGUGUCCAUUAAAUUAAGCUUUUUUGAAAAGACCAGGCAUGGUGGUGCCCAUCCAUAAUCCCAGCUAUUGAGAAGCUGGGGUAGAAGGAUUGAAAGUUGAAGUUUGGUCUUCUCAGAGACCGUGUCUCAAAAUGGAAAGAAAAAAAAACUUUUUUAAAGGAGCUUCUCAUGAAGGAGUUGGUGUUAGCACUGGGGUGUGCUCCAGUGGGAAUGGCCAGGGGCCCUGCUCAUUCCUGACCUGCCUUCACUGCUAUUGGAAGAAGAGAGCAUGUGUGAAGAACCCCGCAACUCGUGAGGCAGAGAGUUCUUUUCCUGCCUUGGAGUUAUCCAGACUGGGGCUUUUGUUUGUUAGAACACCCCUCCAUUGCAAUAUGCUAAUCCCAUUUACAAAGAAAGAAUAUAAAAGCUAUAUUUUGAAGACUCAAGUUGUUUCAGAAAAAAAAAACUACCACCUUUUCUGUCUUUCCUGACUUUUACUUUCUUAUGGAUAUGGAAGUAUUGGGUUGGGAACUAGCAGUAGGACACAACUAAAACUCUUGUCUUUUUCACCAGAAUAAUGUGCCAGUUUUUUGUAGCAAUGUAAUUUCUCUUGGAAGCAGAAAUGCUUUGUACCAGAUCACCUCCAAUCUGCAUUGAGCAGAACCAUCCCUGUUUUCCAUUUUUAUAUAAUUUAUAAAGAUUAAAGCCAUGUUGACUAUUUUACAGCCACUGGAGCUAACUAACCCUUCAUUGUGUCUGUCUUCCCAGGAGAGAAUUAAGAGGAACAGAGGGAUUUGGUUCUCUGUAGAUGUCCAUCUAUUCUGUUAGAUAAUUUUUGAAAAAUACACCCUCCCUUUAGUUUGUUGGGGGAUAUAAAUUAUUCUCAGGAAGAAUAUAAUGAACUGUACAGUUACUUUGACCUAUUAAAAAGGUGUUAUCAGUAAAGUU